AUGUCCAAUCAAAUGGAGUUUAUUAUGCAGCUCUACAUGAUGAACUUGCUGCAGCAGCAGCAGCAGCAGUUGCAGCAGCAACAGCAACAGCAGUCGCUUGCUGGAUACACUUACACACAAAACGAGGAUAUCUCCAGCAGCACUUGCCUGCAGCAGCAACAUCAGCAGCAACAUCAGCAGCAGCAACAGCAGCAGCAGCAGCAAGACGAGCAUCCGCAGCCAGAAAUCGUCAAGACAAGAACGCACAAACGAAUUAGCUCGCAAAACUCCAACAGUAGUAGUAGCCGUAGUUGUAGUCCCAAUAGUAAUUUGAUUGCUUUACAACAACAACAAAUACAUUAUACUGCAGCCACGCCCCCAACACCUAACACCCACAACAACAAUCUAGUUGGCCAAAUGUUGCUGAACACACUGCCGCCACUCACCCAGUACAUGUUGCAGCAACACCAGCAACAGCAGCAGCAGCAGCAGCAGCAACAUUUGUUGGCAACAUCGAACCUCCUACUAACACCCAAAAAUACGCCCAACAAUUCCAUGUCCUCGAAUGUCCAACAGUUUACCACAAAUAAUUUUCUGCAAUCCUCCACAGUGACAUCCACGCCAAUCGAGAAGCCAGCAACACCAGCAGCAACAUCAGCAUCCUCAGCAGCAGCAGCAGCAGCAGCAGCAGCAGCAGGAUCUGCUGCGGGUGAAGGCAACCUUUCGGCGGUCACAGUCAAGUUUGAGCAGCAUUUCGCCGAUGACGAGGAGAACGACGACAAGCCGCUGUCCAGCAUCAACAGCUGCAGCUCCUCGGGCAUGGCCAGCAACAGCACCAACGCCAGUUCCGAGAAGCUGCUCCUGCUGUCGGGAGUCCAUCCGCUGGAGUCAACCUCCGACAGCGUUGACUCGCCCAGCAUGUACACACCCGUGAAGCAGCCGGCGGACUCAUCGUACAACAUCAUCACGCCCGUCGAAAGCGAACUGACCCCCAUAACACCCAACACCCCUGUCCACCAGACCCAGACCACGUCACUACUGACGCCCCCCUCCAGCGAACAGAGCAAGAGCCUGGUGAGCCUCUCGGCCACUGGGCUGGACGCACUCCUCCAAAGCGAGGAGAGUCUGAAGAAUCUGCGCAAGGUUUCCUCCUAUCUGGAGUGCGAGAACGGACUGUGCCGGCAGGAGAAUCUGCGGGAGCACUUCCACUGCCACGAGGAGCCCUGCCAGGGCAAGAUCCUCAGCAAGAAGGACGACAUCAUCCGGCAUCUGAAGUGGCACAAGAAGCGCAAGGAGAGCCUUAAGCUCGGCUUCGCCCGCUUCUCCUCCGCGGACGACUGCGCUCCGGCCUACGGAGAGGGAUGCGCCUACAACUGGAAGCAGACGCACUACCACUGCGUCUACGAGCACUGCCCGAAGGUGUAUGUGAGCACCAGCGAUGUCCAGAUGCAUGCCAACUUCCACCGCAAGGACUCCGAGAUCGUGAACGAGGGAUUCCGACGGUUUCGGGCGCACGAGAACUGCCGCAUCGAGGAUUGCCCCUUCUUCGGCAAGAAGAUAUCCCACUAUCACUGCUGCCGCGAGGGGUGCAAUCACACGUUCAAAAACAAGGCUGAUAUGGACAAGCACAAGACCUACCAUCUGAAGGACCAUCAGCUGAAGAUGGAUGGCUUCAAGAAAAUCCUGAAGACCGAGGUGUGCCCCUUUGAUGCCUGCAAGUUCUCCACCGUCUGCAAUCACAUCCAUUGCGUCCGCGAGGGCUGCGACUACAUCCUGCACUCCAGCAGCCAGAUGAUCAGUCACAAGCGAAAGCACGACCGCCAGGAUGGCGAGCAGGCCUAUCAGCAGUUUAAAUGCAGGCAGGAGGACGUGGGGGACUCGUCGCUGGAGGCCACUUCCCUGGAGCAGCCCCUAGGCGUGCCCCAGUCCCAAGUGGGCACCGCGUGCAGCAGUAGCAGCAACACCUCCACUCCACUCUCAUCCCUCUCCGCCGAGCACUUUCUGUCCCGCAAACGUGGAAGGCCACCAAAGAAAAUUCAACUGCCGGCUGAUGCACAGGAAUCCGAGGCCAAGCGUGUCAAGGUCGAGAACGAGUCCUCCAAUCCACCUUCCCUGAUACUGCCCCCGUCCCAGCCCAUUACCUCAGCCCACCCGAUGGCCAAUGGACUCUUCCCUGGUCUGCUGCCCGCCGCGGCUGCUCCUGCAGCGGAUCCCACUGCCCCCAGCAACUUCCAGCUGACCCAUCUGAUGGCCCUCUUCCAGCUGCAGAACCCGCUCUUCUACCAGAACCUCUAUCCGGGAGUGACCCAGCAGAACCCGAGCGUCCUGGGGAACCUGGCAGCGCUCAGUGCCGCUUCAGCAGCAGCGGCGGCGGCAGCGGCGGCGAAUGGUGUCCAGCAGCCGAAGGCGGAGUUUAGCUUUAAGCCAGAGUUCAAGGAGUAGAAAGGAUGUCUGUCCCCAGGGUAGUUUGUAAUUAGCAAGAUGGACAGACGGACUACACACGAAGCCUCUUUAGCUGAUGGG